AUGGAAAAGUUUUUAGGGACUAUUUUGGACCAUUUGCUGGCAGAGCAUAUAAGUCCAUUAUGGCCAAGUUCGCGCCCCCUAUCCGUCAUAAAGUCAAGAAUAUCCAUACCACUUCUCACGGGAAACUUUGCAGAGUGA